GAUUAAAAAGCAACGGACAAGUGGUGUUUAUCCAUUCUGCCAGGAUGAAGUUGCUUGUGUGCGUGUUGCUGACGUUUUUCUGCGCAAACGGAGCAUAUAUUCAGAAUCAUGCUCACCUAGCACCUGUUAUCUUUUCACCUGUUAACCAGGCUUUCAACGAAAGGCUGGAGGAAAGAAUUCUGGGCGGAACUGUGGUACUUGAAAACGAACUGCCAUACAUUGUCGCAAUCUUCUUCCAAGGGAGCAUCAGUGGCGAGAACACGGGAUUUUGCGGGGGUUCUUUGAUUUCUGAACGACAUGUGCUAACUGCUGCUCACUGCGUCAAGGAUUACACCUUCGCCGAAGUCGUUCUUGGGACUCUACAGGCUCUCAACCCUGACAGUCAAGGCUACUUGAAAGUCAGGUCGUCAGAAUUGAAGGCGCAUGAAGCUUUUGAACGACCAAGACUCAACGACGACAUCGCCCUCAUCACUCUUUCGGCUGGAGUUCCCGCUCAAAACAAUAUCCGGCCCAUUCCGUUACCGACUGAGAAUAGUGUGGCCCCUGGAGACAGGGCCGUGGUGGCAGGCUGGGGUAAAAUCAGUGACGAUCCCAAUGGUUACUUGAACGAUAACUUGCUGAAGGCCGAUGUAGUCAUUGCUGAUCUUGAAGUGUGCAGAGGUUCAUACGGAUCAACCUAUAUCAACGAUACAAAACUCUGCGUUGAGACCAACGGGGGUUCAAUUGGCACCUGCCACGGGGAUUCUGGCACUGCUUUGGCCACCGCCCAAGAAUUAGGCUCUGGAAAAGUGCAAAUCGGCGUCAUGUCUUUUGGAUCAUCUGAUGGCUGCGAGUCAGGGUUCCCCAAUGUCUACACCAGGGUCGACAGAUACUUGCAGUGGAUCGCCGACAACGGAGGGCCGUCUGUCCAAGCAUAAUCUAUCUAAAAUAAAUGUUUAAUUUUUCGAAACAGAA